AUGUCGUUCGAACCUGUCAUGCCACCAUACAAUGGAUCCGAUCCGUCGGCCUCCUUCGUGAGCUCCUCAGCUCUUGAUUUCCUUCUCAUCGAGCUGGUCCCCCUAGCAUACCGCGUGACGACAGAGACGCCGAUGGCGGCGGACUCAGAAGAAGAUGAAGAAGGCACAGCCACUGGCAAAGAAGCAGCGACGACGACAGCCGAUACCGUUGCUGCUAAUGGAAGCACGUCUGCGGUCAGCCUCAGCAGGAUAGACGAGGAUGAGGCCAUGGAUGCUGUACAGCAUAAGCUAGAGUCAACGGGGUAUCGUGUUGGCCAGGGACUCGUCGAGAGGUUCUCCAAGGACCGCCCGCGGUUUAGCGAUUCCCUCGAUGUCAUCAAGUUUCUUUGCAAGGAUUUUUGGUCGCUAGUCUUUGGAAAGAACAUCGACAAUCUGAAGACCAACCAUCGAGGUGUCUAUGUCUUGACCGACAACGUCUUUCGACCAUUCUCACGCAUGAGCAGCGAACCCGGUGGCCAAGCCGUCACACGCGCUCAGCCAUUCCUAUGGUUCCCAGCCGGAAUUGUAAGGGGAGCCCUCGCUGCUCUGGGUACGGAAGCCACUGUUCAUGCAGAGGUGCAUGACCUGCCCGCCGCUGUGUUCCAAAUCAAAACUAUGCCCGCCAAGCCAUAA